AUGGAGACGCCGUCGUCUCCGUCAUCUGCUUCCUCGGCCGCGUCUGAAGACGAAUCGUCCACCUUCGACGAGCUCUCCAUGGAAGAGAGCUUGCUCUUCUCCGACAGCCUCAAGGUGGUAAUCCGAUCCAUCCCCCCGCCGCCUACCCUUCCCUUCGAUUCGCGUUCCUUCCUCCUCCUCCCCGUUGAACUAUUCUUCUCUUCGGAACUCUAGGACUUGAGGAACCUGCGGUCGCAGCUGUACUCGGCGGCGGAAUACUUCGAGCUGUCCUACACCAACGACGACCAGAAGCAAACGUGAGGACCAUCUCCUCACCCAGAUUUCAUCUUCAACCCGUUGACAUUUUUCUCUGCGCGUGGAUUUCGGUUUCAGAGUGGUAGACACUCUCAAGGACUACACAGUGAAGGCCAUCGUCAACACCGUUGACCAUCUGGGGUCCGUCUCCUGCAAGGUGAACGGCUUGCUCGGCGAGAAGGUCGACGAGGUCUCCGGCGCCGAGCUUCGAGUCACCUGCAUAGAGCAGGUAGCUUACUUCCCACCCCCCCCCUCCCCCCCCCCCCACCUGCUCGGAUCAGAACCUAAGAUUUCCAAAAGAGUAAUCUUCUUCUUCUUCCUCUUCCUCCUGGGGGACUUGCAGCGGCUUCGGACAUGCCAGGGGCUCAUCGACCAGGAGGGCCUCUCGCAGCAGUCGCUGGUGAUCACGACCCCCAAGUACCACAAGCGGUACAUCUUACCAGGCAAUUUACGAUUUCUGCAUCAUCCCUUCUUCUUCUUAUUCAGUCUGUGUUCUCACUCUUCUUCUUCUUCUUCUUCUCUCUCUAUAUCUGUCUAUCUCCCUCUCUUUCUCUUUCUUGCAGUAGGAGAAUCCAUGCCUGGGUCUGGGAGGCAUGCUGUAGCUCACUGUGAAGAGGCUAAAUGGGCAGAGGAGAUGGCAGAGCCAAGGCCGCUGCAGAAUAGUAAUCCUGCGGCCCCGUCCAUUGCCCCAGUAGCUCAUCCAACCACGAAGGAUUCGGCUCCUUCCUUCAGGUAAAGCUCCCUCCCUGGUUCACCUCUAAACCGUAGCCAGUGCAUCAGGAGGCAGUCUUCUGUUUCCUCGCAGGAAAUUCCGGUCUCUCUCUCCUUCGCAGAGGGGCCGCUCCUCCUCGCCUCUGAAGAAGGGUCGCUCCCCUUCCCCCUCCCCUCAGCUGGGGAGACCUCCAUUCUCAGGUACUUCUAAACCAGGAGGGGAUCUGAUGAUGAUGAUGAUGGAGAUGAGUUCCACUGGUAUUAUGGGAAGGUCUCAUGGAGAGUGGUGCUCUUGCCUGAUGGUUUCCUCUUUUGAAGCAGAGAACAGAUCUGGGUCCCCGAUUCCUGCCUCAAACCCUAAUCUGCUGGCUCGCUCUGGAUCUCUUUCGAGGAGGCAGUCUGCUCCGAACCCUUCUGGCACCGGCCUGUGGGUAAGAACAAUGAAUCUUCGGGUUGAUUAUGGCUUUAUCAUGACAGAAUUACUGAGGAUAUCUGCCAUUGGCAUCAAAGGAAGAUCCAUAGUCAAAGAUUAUAUCUUCCAAGGAUUGGCACCAUGAUUAUGGCUGCAUAUGGUUCAUAGAACUGAACUGGGUUUGCCCAGAACUUCUUCGAUUUUUCAGGUUUCCUCUGUUUUUGUUUUUUCCACAAACUCAAAACUAAAAUAGUAAAAUGAAAAACAGGAAAACAAUAUAUCGCAAACUCCUCUAUUUAUCUGAGGAGAUGCUCUCUUAGUGCAAGAUGAUUCCCCCCUCGACCCUUUUCCUGCAUCAUGAACCCAGAACUAGUAGACAUGGAACCCCAUUGAAGAUACCUGAUGAAGAGGGAGAUGGUGGUUGAUUCUCCUGUGCUCUAUGUUUAGACUUGGGCAUCUCACAUAUUCCACGAAUCAACCAAAAAAAUUGUAGAUUGGCUUGGAGAUUUGUUGGUUGAUCUAUUGUUCUGGAUGCUAUUUUUCUUGAUCGAUGAUAUGUCUGUUUCUCAAGGAUGUUUUUCUGUUGGGAAUUUAAUCUCAGAAAUAUAGUCAACUCUUCUUCUCUUCUUCUCUGUGAGUGCAGUUUUCCAUGGACCCUCGAAAGUCAGCAUCUGUGAGACAGCACGAUGAUAGGGACAACCAGAAGGAUUCCGAACAAAAUUCAAGUAAAACUAAGCGGCUGUUCAAGGCUUUGCUGAGCAGGCGGAAGUCAAGAAGGGACGACAUGCUAUAUGCCUACUUGGAUGAGUACUGA